AGGAGCAUUAGCGAAUUUGGCCGUCCGCGACAAACCUUCGAACCAUCACCAAACCCAGGUACCCAAGGACUGCACGAGCAGUACUUAAUACUUAAAAUGGCGUCUUCAGAUCAGAACAUGCCCUUUAUUAGGAAUCUUGCAUCCAGUGAUCGCAAGUUACGCACACAAGCACUCACAUCACUCCAAAACUUCCUCUCGUCAAGAAGGUCAACAAAUGCACUGGGACCCGUCGAGAUCCUGAAGCUGUGGAAAGGUCUCUAUUAUGCAUUAUGGAUGUGCGACCGUGCCAUCCCGCAACAAAACCUCUGCAACGACCUCGCCGGCCUCAUGCACCAGCUGCCCCGCGAAUCCGUCAUCCCCUGGCUGCGCGGCUUCUGGGCUACCAUGGCGCGCGAGUGGGCCAGCAUCGACGUCCUGCGGAUGGAAAAGUUUUUGCUGCUGGUCAGGCGAGUCCUGGGCGCUAGCUUCGCAUGGAUGAAGCGCGAGCAGGAGGGCGACAAUGCCGGGAAGAAGAGGAAGAAGACGGCUUCCGCAGAGGGCAGGUGGCACCAGGACCGGGUCGACGACGUACUGGCGCUGCUCCAGGAGUGGCCGUUCUCCACCGCCGAGGAGAUCGAGGCGAGAGAGGCGUUGGUUGCAAAGGGAGAGCACAGGGAUCUGGUGCCGCCGACGGUCGCAGCCGGUCUGAGGAUACAUGCAUUGGAUAUAUGGGUGGACGAGGCCGAGAAGGUCGGGCUGGUGGACGCAGAUGACGACGAGGAAGCCCCCAAGAUACUAGAGCGGAUAAAUGCGCUGGUGGAGGCGCUUCACAAGGAGACCGAGACGACGUCGGUCAAGGUCCGCGCAAACGAGGCAUUGAAGGACGAAAGGCUACCGUGGAACAAGGGCAUGGUUGAUGCCGACGCUGAUGAUCAGGAUGGCGGUGGCAGUUGGGACGGUUUCGACGAUUAAACACAUAUUUGUUUUGACAAAUUGUUUCUAGUUCUGGGCAUCAGUCUAGUCAGUUCCGGGUUUUGUUGUAUCUAUACGUGGUAGAUCUAGACCAGGCUAGACUGAGCCAGAGAAGAAACAUUGAGAUUUUGAUACCCCGCCCGAAGCGUGGACGAUUUGUUGGCAACAGAACUGCUGUACUGGCUCUAUUCUGGACUAGAACUAGUCUAGACUAGAUGCCUACUACUAGUCUGGUAGGUCGGCAGGUAGGUACCUACCUAAGGGAGUGAGUUCUGUACUAUUUCUAGCAUCAGCAGCAGCCAACCAGUAUUCAAAUGACACUCGCUGAAUAAAUGCCAUCGACGA